AUGAUCCUCCACCGCCUCGUCGCCGCUACCAUCGCAGGCAUCGCACAGGCCUCGCUCGCGUCGACUUCAGCUGUGACAGACGCCGCCACAGUGGAGAGCCGCAGCGGUAGUGACAUGUGGGGCUGGGCGACGGACAAAAACUCCAGGUCUGAGCAGCACCAGGACGAGCUCGGGCGACGGAGGAACCGCACUGUCAACUUCCAUCUCGACAUCUUCAGUUUCAGGGAAGGCUGCGUGCCCAAGACCGUGGGCGACGGUGGCUUUUUGUUGUGCGGCUGCGAUAGCCGCAUGAUUCAGCCCGUCAGGGUCCACAGAGCAGACUACCACCGGCGAACGACCCACGCGCGACGGCAGGCGGCUUUUCGCGACACGCGCACGCACAUAUAG